AUGUCCUACUGCUUGCCCCUAUGCCUGAGUCUGUUCUCCCUUGAUUUCGUGGGAAGUGUCAGCAAGUGCCUGUACCAAGAGCUUCCCGAGACUUCAACACAGACUCAACAGCGAAGCACCUCUCAGUCCCCAAACCCUUCCAACCAACAUGGCUUCCAGCAGCAUGAUGCGAACGGCUCAACCCAUGGCUCUCUACAGCAACAGCGAACUCGCAGCAUGUCACCGCAGUCUAACCCACGCGACGGCGGCUUCGGCGCCCUUGCUGAAGGCGUCAGUGCCGAUUCCCUCGAAGAACGACUGCGCGGACUGAACGUCCAGGCCCAGUCCGAUGCUGGAUGGUCCAAAACCUUGGGCGAACGAAUAUCCGCAUACGAGAAUGCAUUGACACCAUCUGUCCCUAAACAAGCUCUAGGCUUCAAGGUCGUCAAACGCGCUGAUACCGAGUUCGACCGCGUUCACAUAACCGACUUCCCCAAUGAGAUUCUCACGCAUAUCCUAUCCCACUUGCACCCCGACUCGCACGCGUCCGUAGCUCUCGUAUCGAAGCAGUUCUAUACCUUGGUCACGACGCCCCAUGCUUGGCGCAUGGCAUUCCAGCGUUUCUUUCCUGGCCAGGAUGCUCUCGCGGCCUCUGAUAAAAACCAAUGCGCAACCUGGGGUCAGGAUGAUUCGGACAUUGUUCGCUCGGAAAUUCGAUAUUUCACUCGUCUCACUCCGCAUGCAUCCUGGCGCAGUGAGUAUCUUCUAAGAACUCGACUCCUUCGUAGCCUCUCUAGAGGCAAGCCGGGAUCAAGUUCAGGAGGUAUUGGAUCCUCCUCGCGAAAUAGCCAGUCGGGCAAGAAGGGAAGCGCGGUGUUGACCUAUAAUACCAAGCUGCCAUCGAUGGUGACCCAUGUUCACGCUACCUUCAGGACCAACGGAAAGAAGCCACCUCGCGUGGUACAUGGCGCAGCAGACGUGGGAGUCGGCAGCACCAGUGACCCUACAAGCGGGAAAGUCGAGAAAUGGGGAUUAGACGACCCGUUCGCGUUCGCUCAGCUGGACGAGGUCAUGCCGCAGCUUCUGCCUUAUGGUGUUGGCGAGGGCCCCGCAGCUGUUCCAAAUGUGAUGGACGUUAGUCAACCAUAUGGACUUGUGGGCGGCGAAGGGUUCCCUGGCGGUCGUGUUUUCUACCGUGCGACCGGCGAAUACAGGGGCAAGUAUCUGGGCGAAGAGGCGGGCCUCAUUGAAGCUCAUCCUGAUAUCCCGAAGAUUCCCGAGCUUUCGGAGGGAAUCUGCUCUGUAUGGGUUGCGAAGUCAUCCUCUGUUCCCUCCAUGACCCAGUCGGUGGUCGGAAUCAUGGCUGGAUCUUCCCUGGGGGUUGUUACCGCAUACGCGCUGGGUUACGACCCGUCUGGUCCACGAUAUACGGCAGGCGAAAUAAGUGCUCGCUGGGUGCUUAGUCCAGGCGUACCCAUCAUCGCACUUAAGGUCGAUGAUAACUACAGUCAAAAGAGGAAGUCACUGAACCGAGUAUGGGCCGUUGCCUUGAAUGCUCUAGGUGAAGUCUUCUACUUGACUAAGCCCCCUACUCCUCUCGCCACAAAGUCAAAAGCCGAUGACAGCACCAAGCUCGCUUGGUACGCGGGCCGCACGACAUAUUGGUAUCUCGUGGAAGCCACCAGACGCCAAGCACGUCCAGAUGAGUCCGGAAGGAAUGCCGUUCGGGGUGCGUAUUCGCCCAGGUCUCCUUCGACUGACAUGGACCUGAAGAAAGAUCAGAUGGUGGCAGAAGCUCGGGAGAUCGAGAGAUUUCUUCACUAUAGGCCUUCGCACUUCCGCAAGGUCUGUUAUGGCUGGGACAUGCGUCGAAGGCUUGAAGUCGACUUUGCCGCCGACGAUGAGCAUCACGCUGGCGAAAGUAUCUUUGUUGUCGACUGCGCCCUAGAGGAGGACCAGGUUUCUGCUCUGAGACGAUUCACGCGAACUGUCUCUAGUGAUAGCCAGCCGGGUGCUACUCCGUUUCACGCUUCGGAGAUUCCAGCAGAAGUAACCUCUGCCCCAUCUAUCUUUGGUGGAGGCAGUGCUAGGUCAUCUUCUCCAAACUCCUCUGGCUCCCCCUUACUCAAAAGGGUGUUGUCUGCAUCAGGCAAGCGUUCUUCACCAGCUGAAUCCAACGCUGUUAAGCCUGGAAUGGACGAUUGGCUUGAGACCGCUUGUCUUUCCAAAGAGCUCGGCACGGUGAAGAUUACUGCAAGCAGUGUCGACACUUCGCUUCUAGCUCUGGUCACAUCUUUUGAAGACCCUUUGAAAGAUGCUGCUGGCUCCUCCACGAGCAUCCCCGCCACGCCAACAGGACAAGCACGCUCAGACAUUCCGGGUCGGCGAGCAAGACUCCUUGGAUUGGGCACCGAUACAGGCAAGGUGUUGCUUUGGAACAUGCGAGAGAAACACACUGGCGACGGCAUUCAACCAAUUCGCAUCAUCCAGACCGAGUCCCCUGAGAUUUCAUGUUUGGCGCUUUCGGCUCUGUACUUGGUACAUGGUGGCAGUGAUGGGCUUGUCCAAGCCUGGGAUCCCCUCGCUUCGACUCUGGAUCCAAUCCGAACUCUGAACUCACGUUCACCAGGCCGAAUGCCUCGCCAUCUGCUAGCGGUCAAUCCAACCCUGCGCAAUUCGAAUCUGUCCGCUGUGGGGGCUAUCUAUCUAGAUCCUGACCCCACGGUACUACAUGGAGUCGUAGCUUUUGGCACAUUCGUGCGUUACUGGGCAUAUAGCUCUUCAAACCAAGCCGCUGGCCGUAAGCGUAGACUGCGACACUCUGAUAUGCAGGGUCGUGCCAGCGGCCGACGACACGGUGGUGGCGUCAAGGGCUACAUUGCUGCCGAAGCCGAAGAGCUACGUACCGAGCAGCAGCACAAGGCCAGAGAACAGGCCCGCCUACGGUCUCGCUUUGGCGUUGGACUUGGUGACCUGACUGAAGAGGAAGCUCUUCGUUAUGCCGAGAUCGUAUCGCAGGAAGCUUUCAUGGCGGACGAACAGCGGCGCCUAAGUGCUAGUGAUACGGGCUCCGCUGCUGACUUUGACACAACCUCUACGACCGGUAGCAUGGAUACCGUCACGCCCGAACCGAGUGUGACUGGUGGUUUCAGCCCGCCUACUGCUAAUACUAGUGCUCCAGUCGAUACUACCGACGAGAGUGACUAUGAGCUUCAGAUUCAAGCGGCAAUCCGGCUGUCUCUGCUUGAAGGUGUCAAUGAUAUGGGUCGAUCACCCAGGGGCAAUAGUUCCGCAGAAUACGAUGUCCCAAUCACAUUCAAGGAGAAGAGGGGCAAGAGAUCCUCAUCUAGCUCACCUUCUCCAAGUCAUACGCCCAUGGUCAAACGAGCUGAUUCGUCAAGCGCAGCUGUGGUCUCUCCUGUUGCGGAUGAUGAUUUGGAGUUGGCUAUACAGCUCAGUCUCGCGGAAGAGGAGAGCAGGAAUUCGAUCAUGGCUAGUUUGGAGACUCAGGAUGAUGAGUUCCCGCCACUUGAGGGUGAGGGAUUUGGGAAGGGCAAAGGAAAGGCCGUUUGA